AUGGCCGAACCCGCUGCUCCGGCCGCGCCGGUCGCCGCAGUGCAAAAGCAAUCAAGUCCUGCGAUCCCCGUUGGCUUGAACGAAGCCGCACUCGACUCGCCGACCUUCCGAUCGACCGCCCAGCAUUUCGGGGAGCAUAUUGACAAUGUCGAAAAAUGGCUUGAUGACUACGUGAAGUCUACCUCUCGAGUCACGCGCGACAUGUUGGCCCUUGAAGAGGGCGUCAACACCUACCUUUCCAAGAUCUUCCCUCCUGCCGCGACCGCCGACGCCAUUAUCGAUCACGAUUACACUUUGCUCGCUUUGCGUAGGAUAAGCGAUGGUUCCAAGGAGUGGUGGUCGCAGAUUAUGUCGACCCUGAGAAAGAUAGAUACCAUUUCGGUCGACCCUAUCCGUUCAUUUGUUGCCGCCGACCUACGGUCGUUCAAAGAGGUACGGAGAGUACUAGAACAUACGCAAAGAAAUUUCGACCAGGCCAUGGCUCGGUAUAUGAGUCAGUCUAAGACGAAGGAGCCUUCAGCAAUUCGGGAAGAAGCCUUUGCUGUAUACGAGACUCGCAAAGCGUAUUUGAAGGUGGCUAUGGAUUUCUGCCAGCUUGCGCCGCAAAUACGCUUUAGCCUCGAUAAGCUGCUGGUGCGGGUUAGCGCCGACUUCUGGAAGGAGAUGAAGCGUUCGAGGGAUGCCUCUACAGCUUCCACGAAAUGGGGUUCCGAGAUGGAGCGUAUUCGCGGAUGGUCUAGGGAGAUGGAAACAUCAGAGUUUGUAUUCAAAAGGGAACUCCAGAUUGCCAGGCGUGAUAUCGGGGAGAGCACUCUACAAGCAUUUAAGCCGUCUCGCGAGUUGGAAGACUACAGCGCCUCUACUGUCCCAUUCCUCGGAUCUAGGGGUCCUGUUAAUGUCCAGGCGCAUGAGAAUUCCGCCGUUAUUUCGGAGAAGCAGGGCUGGCUUUUCCUCAAGACCCUCUAUGGCAAGCCCGCUAGGUCGAACUGGGUCCGUCGCUGGUACUACUGCCGUGAUGGUAUCUUUGGCUGGUUGAUCAAUGGCCCCCAGGGUGUGUUGCAAGGCGACGAGAUUGGCGUCCUUCUAUGCAAUGCCAAGCCUGCUGUGGCUGAAGACCGCAGGUUUUGCUUCGAAGUCAAAACCAAGAGCCAGACCUUGGUACUUCAAGCUGAGACUCAGAGUCAGCUCACUGAGUGGCUUGAAGUCUUUGAAGUAGCCAAAAAGCGAGCUUUUGAGGCUAGUAUGGAUAGAGACAGCAACUUUUCGCCUGCGGGAGCCGACCCAGCCUUCUCGAUCACUCCUCCUCCGCUACCUGAGUUUUCUGCAAGGUCCUUGGAUGCAUUGGUAGCUGGUGAAGAGCCUGCAGCAACCUUUGAUCGGGCUGGCACUCUUCCAGUUCCUGGAUCUGACAACAACUUGGCUGGCCGUGCCAGUUUUGACGUAGGUGGCAAUGCACCCCGCCGUUCCAUAACAGCUCUCGGUCGGGAUCUUGGGAGGGAAAUGGUCAGAGAAGAAGGUGAAAGUAACCGUGAGCAUGCUGCGAGGAUCAUACAGAAGUUGGAUCUUCACCGCAAAGCGACUUUUGGGGCCGGCGCCGAAGCUGCUGUUGCCGCAGCUGCUACACCCAGCAGUGGCGGCAUCGCAGGUAUGAUAGCGAGUCACGGUCACCUGCCUGGAUACCCUUCUCCUCCUCAAAGCACACCAAGGAACAUGUCCGCGGCAAGGUUUCCUACCCUUGAUCCGGCUCAGGGAACUCUGGCUCCGUUGACGCUAGCGAGACCUCCCGCGGCAACCAACCUGAGCAGAACUGCAGUCAUGUUUUCGGUUGACAGAAGCAUAAUGGGCGACAACACAAGCCAUAUGCCCACCGCUGUUCUUGCAAAUUACUGGGGAAGCAGCCCAUGGAGCACAGUCUAUGGCUCAGGUCCGGGCCGUCCUAACACUCCUGGACAAGUCGAAGAGAAUCCAUUCGGAAUAAUCGUUCGAGAAGUAGGUAAAACUGGCGAAGAGAAGCCCACGACGCCUACAACUGGACAUAGAAAGACGGUUAGUGUCGAUGCCAAGUUCAACCAACCGCACGCUCCAAUUAAACAACCUGUCGAAACAUUUCCACCAGGGUAUCCUCCGGAGCUGAGAAUCCAGCACCAUCAAUUCAGAAUUCUGUUUCCCACCGUCCCUCUUGAUGAGAAGCUCGUCCUCGUUUUCCGUGCUGCCUGGUCAAGCUCAUCGGGCAAAGAUUCUCCAUCGAAUGGACAAGGUCUUGCCGGCAACGGCCGCAUUUACAUCACGCCUGACAACAUGUACUUUUACGGACAGCAGAUGGGCCUUGUCGUGGCUUAUGCUAUCAGUCUUGACAUAAUUGCCGAAGUCACAGCAGCACCCGGGAAGGAAUGUGAUUUCAUCUUCCUUCAUCUCGGCGAGGACGGUAACGAGACCGGAUACACUAGAAUCACGAUCAAGAUCUUCCUUGACAACCUCCAUUUGCUACAUGCAAGACUGAACCUGCUCAUCGACGACCUCCAGUCGGAAGAGCCAAUGGAGUUGCCGGAACUCAUCACUGCAUUAGUUAACCUGGAAUACGAGGAUAACAGCAAGCGGAGCCCGAGCGUUGAAAGCUGGGAAGAAAUUUCAUCGAAUACGCCAUUUGAUGAUGGGACCCAUUCUGGCCGUCCUGCCAAACGCCCAAAUCAGUUUGGCCCAAGGCUUCGCCUAUCAGGUCCAAGUACCCGGCAUACACCCAAGCUUCAGUUACCAGCGCAUCCCGUUGUUUUUGAACCCGAAGACAUGCAGAGGAAGGUGGCUGAGAGGCACUUCGAGAUUAGCGCCAAGGCAUGCUUCCACGUACUGUUUGGAGAUAAGAGCUUUGUGUUCCCGAAGCUCUACUUUGAGCGUAGGGCACAGCAAAUCGCUCAAGGUCCAUGGGCUCUCGCAGACCACGGCCGAAUGAGGCGAGAAUUCCAAUUCAAGUUCGAUUACAAGGACAUGCUAGGCCGGCCAAAGACUGUGGAUGUCAUUGACUACCAGACCAUGGACGUGUUCCAAGACCACGUUACGUACGUCGUCACUCACGUCAAGACAGCAUGGCAUCUUCCACACUCCCAGUACUUCAAGCUUGUGACAAAGAUUGUCAUCACGCACGUGGCCAAGUCAAAGUGCAAGCUGGCCAUCUACACAAAGGUGGACUGGUCUAAGAUGCCAGCCUUCUCCAAGGGUCUUGUCGAACGACAAGCUCUUAAUGAUGCAGAAGGCGACGCAGAAGAAUUAGCGGAUGUGGCAACGGAUCAGGUACGCAAGCUUGGCGCUCACAGCCGUACGAAAAGGGCAAUCCAAGUCUAUGGAAACAUCGGACAGCAAACACAGGUUGUAGUCUUCUCACCAGCCGAUGCUGCUGCGUCGAAGAAACAGCUGAUCAAACCGCGCACGCUAACGGCUAUGCUCUUGGAGACACUACGUUCCUUCGGUGAGAGUGCGGUGACAUCGCUUAUCAUGUGGGCAAUCGCCGCAGUGCGCAAGUUCUUCAGCGUAUUGUCGACCCACCGGCUCAUUCUUAUCCUUCUGGCUGGAAGUACGUUCACGAAUGUGUUCCUGACGUCGAAGGAGAGCUCUACUUGGUGGACCGAGAGACGAGCCGCUAAAUUCAUGAGCCGCGUUGGUGUCGGCCCGAACGUGAUGAUGAGCAAAGCAAUCUACAUGGCGGACUUGGGUGAGGCAACAGGAGCAGUGGGCCACAACAGUUCCUGGCCUGUUGAUAGUGCCUGCUUCACAACCUUUCAGUUGGUUGCAAACGCCACCGAUCUCGACGCGCCAUUCGAGGACGCAGGGUCGACCCUGUCAACGGCGACAAGCCGAGCAACAGCUCGCCGACUUCGUCGGACGCGUCAGCGCCUGGGGUCAUAUCGGCAUGAUCUGUUGGUUGCGAUGCGCAUUGUCAACAGUAUCGAGCGGGAGAUGGUGCAAUCUGAGUGGGAGAACUGGCUUUCCGACGAGAAUGUCCGUUGCGAUAAACUCAAGUCGGUGCUCGACGGAGACGGGCCAAGUGCCAAGUCCAAGCGGAACGGCGAUCAAAAGGUCAUGACGCCGAACAUUGACGAGGGCAAAAGGGAGACGUUGAGAGAGUGGUACGAUACAUAUUGCGGAAGUUGUAAGUUGGAUCAUGCGGCGUUGAUGAGCGAGCGAAAUUCUUUGGCGGGCCUUUGA